AUGCAAAAUCCCAACGAAGAUACAGAAUGGAACGACAUCCUUCGCAAACAUGGCAUUAUUCCUGAACGACCCAAGACACCGCCAUCUCCGCCCCCUCCUCCUUCCCCAACCAUCGCAGAGAAGCUCGGGGGUGCCUCGGACUCUGCCCUGAAAGAGCUCGAGGAUGAUGCAGGUGACUCAGAAACCGAGAGGAUUGUUCAGGAAUAUAGGAGAAAGCGGAUGCAAGAGUUUCGUAAGGAACAGAAACGCGGUCGAUUUGGUGAAAUGAUGCCAAUUGGAAGAGAUGACUACAAGCGAGAAGUGACAGAAGCAAGUCGGGUAGACGAGGAAGGCAUGGAAGGCAGGGGAUUUGGCCAGCCAGUUGUCUGUUAUUUAUAUAAGGACGGAGAUGUAGCUUGUUCGAGAUUGACGGAACACCUGAAGAUUUUGGCUGCAAGAUACCCUUCAACAAAGUUUGUUAGCAUAAUAGGCAACAAAUGUAUCGAAAACUAUCCCGACCGCCACUUACCGACCUUAUUCUUCUAUCGAAAUGGCAAUCCCGUGAGUCAGGUGACAGCAUGGGGGACAGACAGGCCCAGAACGAUUCAAGAAAUUGAGAGUAUCUUACGUGCAUUAGGCAUGAUACCAGAAAAAGCGCCAGCCCAACCCCGGGCAAACCGAGAAGACUCGGGCUCCGAAGAUGAAGUCCAGCGUUUAUCCUCGACACUUCGCGGGACUAAGUUAAGAGAGCCUAAACAAGGAACCGGGACAGUAAACGCGCAGACAUCAAAGAUCAGGGGGCCGUCCAAACCAACAGUAGAAGAUGACGACUCUGAUUUCGAUUUAUGA